CCUUUACUCUCAGACCUCAGUACCCUCAGGCGACUCCUUUCACUCUCCAUUUUUUCCCCCCAAACGUCUAGUUUGGUGUUUUCUCGUCGAUCUCCAUCAAUGGCGAAAGAUCCAGUUCGUGUUCUAGUUACAGGAGCUGCAGGACAAAUUGGGUAUGCUCUUGUGCCUAUGAUUGCUAGAGGAGUGAUGUUGGGUCCUGAUCAACCUGUAAUUUUGCACAUGCUUGAUAUCCCACCUGCUGCAGAGGCCUUGAAUGGGGUAAAAAUGGAGUUGGUGGAUGCUGCAUUUCCUCUUCUUAAAGGUGUUGUUGCUACAACCGAUGUUUUUGAGGCAUGCACUGGAGUGAAUAUUGCAGUCAUGGUUGGUGGUUUCCCAAGGAAAGAAGGAAUGGAAAGAAAAGAUGUGAUGUCAAAAAAUGUAUCCAUCUAUAAGUCUCAAGCAUCUGCUCUGGAAAAGCAUGCAGCUGCAAACUGCAAGGUUUUGGUUGUUGCUAACCCAGCAAACACAAAUGCCUUGAUCCUGAAAGAAUUUGCACCUUCUAUCCCUGAGAAAAACAUAACAUGCCUGACUAGGUUGGACCAUAACAGGGCACUAGGUCAGAUCUCAGAGAGAUUGAAUGUUCACGUCUCUGAUGUUAAGAAUGUUAUUAUCUGGGGAAAUCAUUCUUCAACUCAGUACCCUGACGUCAACCAUGCAAAGAUUGUAACACCUUCUGGAGAAAAGCCUGUACGUGAGCUUGUUGCUAAUGAUGAAUGGUUGAAUGGAGAAUUUAUCACCACUGUCCAACAACGUGGUGCUGCAAUUAUAAAAGCCCGAAAACUAUCUAGUGCAUUGUCUGCUGCAAGUGCUGCUUGUGAUCACAUACGUGAUUGGGUGCUUGGGACACCGGAGGGCACUUGGGUUUCCAUGGGUGUGUACUCUGAUGGAUCAUAUAAUGUACCUGCGGGCCUCAUCUAUUCCUUCCCUGUAACUUGUCGUAAUGGAGAAUGGACAAUAGUUCAAGGACUCCAAAUCGAUGAAUUUUCAAGAAAGAAAUUGGACUUGACAGCAGAGGAGCUCUCUGAGGAGAAGUCUCUUGCAUACUCAUGCCUUAAUUAGUUGAAUACUCUUCUCAUUCCUAGCUUAGCACGGUGGUAUUAGUGCUUAUGAAGUAGCUUCAGUUUUGAAAUAAAAGCCAUUUUGGAAUAUUUUUGUCACUCGUCUACGCGAGGAGAAUUUGAUUUUUCUAGAUAUGGAUUUCAUUGAUAAGCACAAGCAUGGUUCAUUCCAUGGUUUUAUGUAGCUCAAGUUCUGUCCUUUGGUGGUUAUUUACGUGGAGAUACCAUAUAAUGCCUGCGUUUGAGAACCCAAUGUUUGUUCU